AUGCCACAACCAGAAUACAUUCAAGAAAGACUACAAAAUUUAGAAGAUAUCGACAUUAAAGUUUGUAAGAUGUUGCAUGAAGCAUCUCAAAUUGUCUUCACAUUUGGUGAGUUGAAAAGAGGCAAUACGACUCUGAAACCACAAUUUGAAUCCCACGUGAGCACCUUUUAUACAGACCUUGAGACCGUUCAUAAUUCUUUAAGGAAUGAAGUGAAAUUAUUGGAUGAAAAUAUUGGAACGAGAUUAUUACCAAUAACGAAUGUCAAUAAGAAGGCUGUGGGACAAGACGAUGAAAAACUGAUAGAGCAGAUUGCAUUGUUGAAGAAAGUUUUGAACGAUCAAUCUAAUGACCAAAAAGUGGUAAAUCUAUAA